UUUCCCGAGGAGUACCUGAAGGCAGCAGUCGUCAACACAGUGGCCGACAUGUUUUCUCCUCGUUAGCUGAACUGUAUGGAUUUCAAAUCAGAAUCGUAAUAUUCACUGUUUCUUUGCAGGCGUUUAAUCAUCGAACACAUCUGUUUAUUGAAGAAGAAGGAAGAUGACGUCUAAACUGAAAGUCGGGAAGGUCGGCUCCAAGAACAAGGAGGAUGCUCCGUAUGAACUGGAGAGCCAGUUCGUCCUGCGGCUGCCCUCGGAGUAUGCUUCAACAGUCAGAAGGAUUGCACAGUCAGGCAGUAUGAACAUAAAGGACAGACUCACCAUUGAGUUGCACCCUGAUGGUCGUCAUGGCAUAGUGAGAGUGGACCGCGUCCCUUUGGCCUGCAAACUGGUGGAUCUGCCUUGUAUGAUUGAGUCUCUGAAAACUGUGGACAAGAAGACAUUUUACAAAACUGCUGAUGUCUGUCAGAUGCUGGUAUGUACACUAGAUGGAGACCUUUACCCUCCCUUAGAGGAGCCGACUGGCACCGACCCAAAGAGCAAGAAAAAGGACAAAGACAAGGACAAGAAAUUUGUUUGGAACCACGGCAUCACCUGCCCUCUGAAGAACACACGCAAGAGAAGAUUUCGGAAGACAGCGAAAAAAAAGUAUAUUGAAUCUCCUGAUGUGGAAAAGGAGGUGAAGAGAUUGCUGAGCACAGACGCUGAUGCCGUCAGUGUCCGAUGGGAAAUAAUAGCGGAAGAUGAGUCCAAGGAGCCAGAACAGCAGGGCUCUCUGGCAAACCUGGACUCCUCACCUGGCACCUCAGGACACAAGAUGGGUCAUGGAUCCUCUGCCCAGCGUGACGAACUGAGAGAAAUCUUCAACGACAUCAGCAGCUCCAGUGAGGACGAGGAGGAUGAAGUGGACCGACACGAGGACGAGGACCUGAACAUCAUGGACACGGAGGAUGAUCUGGUCCGACAGCUCCAAGACAAACUCAACGAGUCGGAUUCCGCUCAGCAUGAGAGUGACAGAAACAACCAGAUAGUUAUGGAGUUUCAGGUGCAGAUCAACAGCAUCAAGGCCAAGCUUCAGGAUACUCGCGCCCGUAAGAAACAACAGCAGGAGCUCAUCAUGAAAGUGGAAAACCAGGCUCUCAAAAACCGUUUCAAGGCCUUGUUCAGUGAGAUUAUUCUGCAGGAGGAGCGGGAGAUGGAGCAGCUGGCCUCGCUGCAGGAGCAGCUGGACUCACUGAUCGAGAAGUGACCACCAGGGGGCAGCCUGAUGUCAUCUUCAGCCAUACAACACACACACACACACAUAAACACGAUGAAGAGGAGCAGAAGAGGCUUCAUCUAGGGAGGAGGGAGUUUUUGUUAACUAACUUGCUGUGUCAUUCCUUUCAGUUUCUGUUUUUCAUACAUUACAAACUCAGCAGAAUGAUUUUUGUUUUAAAUGUUGUUAGAUUUUCUUUGUUGCUUCAGAUGAUAACUAUUUGUUCAGUUUCAAAAGAUGAAUAUCAGGUCCAUCCUUAGCAAACUUCAACUAAGCAUCUUAACAUUUCAUGACUUGUAUAAAGAAUAAAUUUCAGUGAUACACAAGAAA